GUGGUCCGAGCUGGACUGUCGCGUUGGUCGCUCCUCGGACGUUGACCUCUCGCUCCCCGCGAUGACUCGUCUCCACUCACUAUUGUUUGUAACAUUAUUAUUUAUAUUUGCACAAAAUGUCUUCGCCUAUAAUAUCCUUGCCAUUGUUUCUAUGCCACUGCGAAGUCAUUACAUGGCCUUCCAAACACUUUUCCGUGAAUUAGCAAUAAGAGGUCAUUCGGUCACGGUCAUGAAUAACUACCCUGACCCACAGCCAGUGCGAAAUCUAAAGUUUAUUGACCUUCAAGUGCAAAACGCGUUCAGGAACCGAACCCCACCAAUGGCAUGGUACGAAACCGAGGAUUCGAGAGUCAUGCAUUUAGUUAAUCUACACCGUCAUGUCCAUUUCGGACCUGAGAGUACAAAAUUCGAUUGUGAAAAUUUAUUAAAUAACAAAAAUGCUGAACGCCAUUUGGCUCAAGGAAAAAAGUACGAUGUGAUAUUCGUGGAACAGUUUUUUAGUGAUUGUGGUUUAGCUUACGCGGGCGUUUUGUACGAUGCACCGAUUAUAGGAAUAACUUCCCACGUUCUGUUACCUUGGGCCUAUCCCAGAUUAGGAAUACCGUUUGAUUUUUCCUCCGAUGCCUAUUAUUUUGCAAACGCCGGCACAAACCCUGGACUUUAUCGUAGAAUCGAAACCGUGUUGAUGCACUUAUAUCUAACGUAUGGUAAAUGGUUUAUCGAUAGAAGCAUUUAUGAUGCGUUUCACCGCCACAUGCCUAACGUUAGUUUGGACAUCGAGAAGUUGGCGACUGAGAGAAUGAAGAUGAUGUUCGCAAACCAGCAUUUCUCAAUAACUGGCGCGCGGUUAGCAGGACCUCAAGUGCUCGAAAUUGGAGGAAUUCACAUCGAUAAACCAAAGCCUGUACCAAAGGAUAUAGAGAAAUUCUUAGCAAAUGCAACUAAUGGCGCAAUCUACGUUAGUUUCGGUUCGAAUCUGAUCGCCAGCACAAUGUCGACGAGUAAAAUGCAACAGUUUUUGGACGCCUUUAAGAAGAUACCUCAAAAAGUGUUGUGGAAAUUAGAGAAUGCAAGUCUUCCAGAUGGAAACGAUAAUGUCUACACAAAGGACUGGAUGCCACAGCUAGAUCUUUUAUGUCAUCCGAAAGUGCUCGCCUUCGUGUCUCAUGGCGGUAUGCUCAGUAUAUCGGAAGCUGCGCAUUGCGGGAAGCCAUUACUCGCGAUGCCGUUCUUCGGCGACCAAUUCUCUAAUGCAGCAGCGGUUCGCUCCUCGGGAAUCGGAACUACAAUGUUCUUUGAAUAUCUCAAUGCUGACAACUUGGCUGAGGAAAUAAAGAAGUUGACGUCGCCGGAGCUCCAGAAAAGUGCCCAAAGAGUUUCAAAGUUAUGGCAUGAUAGACCACAAUCAGUUAUGGACAGCGCCAUCUAUUGGACGGAGUACGUAGCACGGCACGGUACGGCGCCACCAUCUUUGCCUUCUAAAGGAAAAACAUUAGCGCAGUUUCAACUAGAUGUCGUUAUAACACUAAUCGCUAUUUUAGUAGUAAUUUUGAUGAUGUUUUACUUUAUUUACAAAUGUUUAGAAUUAAUUUUAAAAAUUGUAAUUUAUUUGAAAAAAGAAGUAAUAGAAAAAGAACUGGAUGAGAUUGCCGAUGAAUUGAUGAAGGAGCGAGAAGAUUAG